AUGGACUCAGCGCUGGAGAGGCACUGCUCGGAGCUGGUGGCCCGGGAAAGGAGCGGACACACGGCCGUGGUGGUUGACAACCUGCUGUACGUGUGGGGAGGUUACAUGUCAGUCGCGGAGGAGGAAGUUUUCCUUCCCAAUGAUGAAAUCUGGGUUUACGACCUCGAAACUGGUAUAUGGGAGGUGUUUCACAUGUCAGGGGAAGUUCCUCCCUCCAUGUCUGGGACCUGCGGCUGCUCCCUGAAUGGGCAUCUGUACAUAUUUGGAGGUUGUGAUGACAACGGACAAACCAAUAAGAUGUACUGUGUUGACCUGACAAAUGGGGAAUACAUGUGGAGGAAGAUUGUACAAGAGUUUGGUUCUGCUCCUUCACCUCGAGACAAACUGUCUUGUUGGGUUUACAAUGGAAAGCUCAUCUACUUUGGAGGGUAUGGCCACAAACUUUUGGCUGAUAUUAACAACAGGAACAGAAGCUUCAUUGUUGAUGAAACAUCAUGGGUGGAGGAUGUAUUUUGGGGAUGGAAUAAUGAAGUUCAUGCAUUUGACCCCAUGCAAGUCAGUUGGAGUGAGCCUAAAACUCACGGUCGUGCUCCAGCUCCGAGAGCAGCCCAUGCCAGCACCACACUAAAAUCCAGAGGAUACAUCUGUGGAGGCAGAGUCAUGGAAACCAGAACAAGUGACGUUCAUUGUCUAGACCUUGAAUCGUGGACAUGGUCAGAAAUAGUCCCUUUGUCAAGCACUCCAGUGGGCAGAUCAUGGCACACGCUGUCUGCAGUGUCAGACACCACCAUGUUCCUUUUUGGAGGCCUCAGUGUAGAUUGCAAACCAAUGAGUGAUGGCUGGCUGUUUGAUACGGAAACUAAGCUAUGGAGGGAGUUUGAGCAUCCCUACAAGAAUAAACCAAGGCUGUGGCACACAGCCUGUGUGAACAGAGAUUCUGAUGUGAUUGUUUUUGGGGGAAGUUGUGACUACAUCCUCCUUGUUGACACAGGUCACUGCAACGAAGCACUUGUAUUCCAGAUGCAACCGUAUCCUCUGUUUAGGAUUUGUGAGGACUAUGUUGCAAAAAAUGUAAGAAAGUCAGAGAGUCUCAGAAAUCAGCUUCCUUUACUACCUCCAAAACUUCUGAAGGCACUGCAGAGGAGAAUAUCUUUCUACAGACCCUCAAAGAAGCAAAAUAUUAAUUAA